CAGAAUAAGGAUGGUUGCUCAGCUGUUAACCACGAAAGACGCUGUCCGUGAGGGUAUUCCUGUGCACAGAGUUGUCUGUUCGACCGCUCCCUUACGAUGCAGAUACAAAAAAUGAUUGAAAGUUUCAAGAUGAGACAACAUGAAUCAUAAUCUUCAGCGGCUGUUCACUUUCAUGAUUGACUUGCCUUCUUCCUACAUUCCUUUGAGUCACCCUGGGAAUCGCUGAAGCCGUUUCGUGCAGGAGGCAUUGCUGAAAUUCCCCUUGCAGCAAUGGACUUGGAUAAACCAUCCGUCUGGGGAUCCCUGAAGCAGAAAACUAGACCAUUCCUGCAGAACCUAAGUGUGAAGAAGACAAAGAAGAGGUCUAGCAAAAUGGUAGAGAGGAAGGUCCACUCCUUGGACCGACGCCUCAGCGUUUCGGUGCCUGACAUGCUGGAGGUGGAGGCUCUUACGGAAGAAGAAAUGACUUAUUCGAGUACUCGGGUGUUGUCGAGCUGCUCCCCCAAGAGCUUUUCCAGGUCUGUGGUGUCCCUGAAAAGCAGAAGCGCUUCAGUGAGGCCGGUGGGAGAGGACUGGCCGUGGGCAUCGCAGCAGGCGACACGCACGGACGUGACAGUCGCCCACCUGGAUUCGCAAGUUGCAGGCAGCCCUGUGUCCCAGCAGAAGAGGAAAUCCAGUGAUGACCUCUUUGAUCUGCUGCAGAGCGCCCACCUGAGCGCUGCUCUGACGGACGAGGGGGUGGAGUACCCAUGUGGAGAAAUGGAUCUAGACUCUUCCAUAUCAUCUCAAAUUUUUGAUAACCAGAUGGCUCUAGAGGAAGCAAACGAUUGCUUGAGUGACCUGCCCAGCCCCUUUGCCUACCUGCUGACCAUCCACCUGAAGGAAGGCCGGAACCUGGUUAUCAGAGAUCGCUGUGGUACAAGUGACCCAUAUGUGAAGUUUAAACUGAAUGGGAAAACUCUGUACAAAAGUAAGGUAGUCUACAAGAACCUCAACCCAGUUUGGGAUGAAACUGUUGUGCUGCCCGUACAGACCCUCGAUCAAAAACUCUGGAUCAAGGUGUACGAUCGAGAUUUAACCUCUUCAGACUUCAUGGGUUCGGCAUUUGUAGCACUCGCUGAACUUGAACUCAAUAGAACUACUGAACAGGUUUUAAAACUGGAAGAUCCCAACAGUUUAGAAGAUGACAUGGGAGUGAUUGUAUUAAAUUUGAGUCUAGCAGUCAAGCAAGGAGAAUUCAAGAGAAAUAGAUGGUCAAGUCGGAGGAAGCGAACCUCAUCCAAGUCGAGUUUCAUGCGGAGCGUGCAACUCUCCGACUCUUUGCGCAAGAACCAGUUGUGGAACGGGCUGGUCACCAUCACACUCUUGGAGGGGAAGAACAUCCCCGGAGGGGGCUUGGCAGAGAUUUUUAUUCUCCUCAAACUGGGAGAUCAAAGAUACAAGAGUAAGACACUGUGUAAGAGUGCAAAUCCUCAGUGGAGGGAACAGUUUGAUUUUCACUACUUCUCUGACAGGAAGGAUAUGUUGGACAUUGAGGUCUGGAGAAAGGAUAACAAAAAGCAUGAGGAGCUUUUGGGAAUGUGCCAAGUUGACAUUACUGCCCUGCCGAUGAAGCAGACCAAUUGCUUAGAGCUGCCUCUGGAAAAACGUUCAGGGUCCCUGCUAAUGUUGAUUGCAGUUGCUCCGUGUACAGGAGUGUCUAUCUCUGAUCUGUGUGUGUGUCCUUUGGGAGACCCCAGUGAACGGCAACAGAUUUCACAGCGCUAUUGUAUAAAGAAUUCCUUUUGGGACAUAAAGGACAUUGGCUUCUUACAAGUUAAAGUUUUAAAGGCAGUGGACCUGUUGGCAGCAGAUUUUGCAGGUAAAAGUGAUCCUUUCUGUGUAUUAGAGCUGGGAAACGACAGUCUUCAAACACACACCGUUUACAAGAACCUCAAUCCAGAGUGGAACAAAGUUUUCACAUUUCCUGUUAAAGAUAUUCAUGAUGUUCUGGAAGUGACAGUGUUUGAUGAAGAUGGAGAUAAACCCCCUGAUUUUCUUGGAAAAGUUGCCAUCCCUUUGCUGUCUAUUAGAAACGGUAAACAAAGUUGUUACACACUGAAGAAUAAAGACUUGGAACGUGCUUCAAAAGGAGUAAUUUACUUGGAGCUGGAUGUCCUAUUUAAUCCUGUAAAAGCAAGUAUUAGAACAUUCAAGCCCAGAGAAAAGCGCUUCACUGAGGAGAACCGCAAAUUUUCUAAAAAGAUCUUAUCAAGAAAUGUUGAUCGCGUGAAAAAAAUCACCAUGGCAAUAUGGAAUACAAUACAAUUCCUUCGGAGCUGCUUUCUCUGGGAGUCCACAGUAAAGAGCGUGAUAGCAUUUGUGGUAUUUGUGGUCACCGUCUGGAGCGUGGAACUGUACAUGGUGCCCCUGGCUCUGCUGGUGCUUUUUGCAUACAACUUCUCCCUCGUCACAACAGGGAAGGUCAACAACACCCAAGAUGCCCAGGAGCUUAUGGGCUUGGAUGAAGAUGAGGAUGAAGAUGAUAAGGAAUCUGAGAAAAAGGGUUUAAUUGAUAGAAUCCACAUGGUCCAAGAGAUCAUCAUAGCUGUUCAAAGCAUCCUAGAAGAAAUAGCAUCAUUUGGAGAGAGGAUUAAAAACACAUUCAACUGGACGGUGCCUUUCCUCUCUGUCUUGGCCUGCCUGGUCCUGGCAGCAGCAACAGUCAUUUUGUAUUUUAUACCACUGCGGUACAUUGUUUUAAUCUGGGGCAUAAAUAAAUUUACUAAGAAGCUUAGAAAUCCCUAUGCCAUUGACAAUAAUGAGAUACUAGAUUUCCUCUCCAGGGUACCAUCUGAUGUUCAAAAGGUGCAACGUGCUGAAUUGAAACCAUACAGCAGCUCUAGUCCCAUUAGGAAGAAGCGGAGUGCACUUUAGGAUGCAGCGUGAUUUCAGAAUGCAGCAUCUCCUCCGUACCUGCUAUAAGAGCACAUGUACUUCCCUCCUCCCCUUCUUCUUGCUUCGGAACAACACUAUAAUCACUGCCACAGACUUUUUUUCUUGUUUUCUUUUUUUUUUUUUAAGACCUGGUUUUUGAUAAACACCUAUCUCGGGUUGUCUUUUUUGGGUUGUCUUUUUGGCAUGGAGUUGUAGCCCAAAAAAAAGUAAGGUGGAACGUAUGAACUAGUGUGUGGGGUGGGAAGAGAAUGGGAGAGGAUGAUGCAACUGCAUCUAUUUUUUUUCUUCUUUUUUUUUUCUCCCCCUUCGAUUGUAGAGGCAGGGCUGGAUGUGGCAGCACUCCCUGUUUUAUGUAGGAAGAGAUAAUUCCGCUUAGUGUAGCAGAUCAGCUGAGCUGAUGUGAGGAGGUGCUCUGAACCAGUUUUUAACAUAUCCAACAGAUUUACAUUAAGAUAUGAAAGCUAUUCUUUUCUGAGUUAAAUCACUGUGCCUAGAAAGGUUUAAGCUCUGAAUUAACGAGUCUUUGAUACCCAUCUUCUGUUCAAGCAGUGUACAUUUUAAAAAGUUUUUUAUCAUAAUUAGCAGAAAGAGCUGGGAGCUCCAACAGUAUCUCAAUAUUUCAUCCAGCACUUGUGGGUUUUUCUUUUUCCUUUUUUUUUUUUCCUUCUUUUUUUAAAGCCCACCCUGUAGUUAACUCUUUGGAUACUGGAAUCAUUGGAGAUCCAUUGCUGGCAAUGGAUGCAUGAGAACCUUCUGCUGUGAAAGGAUUAAGAGACCAUAGAAAAGUCUAACUCACUGACCUGAAAAGACUCUUUUGACUUGCCUUUUAUAAUUCCAUCUCAUCAGAUAUUUUCAGCAUAGCUGUUUUUUUCCUGUCUAAAUCCAGAGGGGUCAACACUACAGAUCUAAGAGAAAAAACACUUUAUAGCCUUAAAGAAACAAGUGCUUGUGCAGAGAGAGAGCACAGUGCCCAAAGAUGUGGUUGUGCAAUAGUGUGCAGGCUUUGGUCCACCCCGAUGUCUUGUUGGAGUCUUUCCUAGUGGCUCACAAGGAGAGGAUCAGAAAGUGAAGUCAUAUGGAAACUGAGCAAUGAAGAGACAGAAGAAAGGACCCCAUUUUCUAUUCUGAGGAGAAUGUGAUUUCUUGCUUGCUUACCAAUCUUUUAGCUAUUGUGCUUUUGCUUUUAUAUAAUUCAGAUAACCAGCAUUAUUCAUGUUGUUUGGGGAAACUGAAACACAGAAUCAUAUGUAAAUCCUACUUAAUUUUGAUAAGAGUGUAGCCCUUGGUCCUUUAGGUGCUGUAGGACGUUGUGGGGAGCGACUUGCCACCACAAGACAUCAUUGGUAGCACAAGAGCUGGAGUCGCUUCUUGUGAUUCCCAGGCAGGGGUUACCACAUCCCCUGGGGUAGUUCACAGUACAGAGAAAUAGAGAAUCCCAAGAGAUGGGUUUCUUUUUAACAAAAGAUGACUUUGGAAGUCAUCUAAUUAAAGGUAAAAUGGGUAAAACCUUGCUUAUGGAUCAGCAAUCCAAAUGGAGUCACGCCAUGUGGUUCAGUAAUGCAAACUUGUGGGCCAGUUGCAUGAAUUUGAAGGAGGAAAACUAACACCAGAGUAUAUUCCACUGGAUUAUUAGCCAGAUUCAGUGAUUUUUCAAGAAGUUUAUUUUUCAAAGUAACAAGCCCCACUGUGCCUUUGAAUAAGGAGAGGCACAUUUUCAUAGACUUGAUUGGAUAAAGAAUGUAUUUUGCUCAUGCAAAGCUGUGUGUAGCUGCAAAUGGAAAGAUAGAAAAAAGAUUAUCCUGGUUUAAAAAGCCAUAAAAAUGCCGUUUUGUGUGCAUGUGUGCUUGUGUACCCAUGCGUAUACAGAGUUGGGUAUAAAGAAAAGUACGUGUAUAAUGUAUUUAUAGGCGAGUGUGUGUGGGAAAAUGGGUGAAUAUACAGAUUUAAAAACCUUGAAAAUGUUUAUGAAAAAUGCCAAAGAUUCUAAAGCUUAUCAUCUUGCGUCUGUUCUUCUUCAUUUUGUAUCUUUCCCGGCAUGUCUCUCUGGCUGAGCCAGAUCUCUGCAUGAUUUGAUUUACUUCAAGUUAAUGAAGCCGGUUGGAAAGAGCCUUGUAGAAAUUACAAAAUCUCCAGUAAAUCUCCUUCUUGCACAUACAAUAGAUGUCCACGGACCCCUUUUGUUAAACCAGUUUCUCAAUCUUCUGUGUAAACAAUGCCUCAUUGUCUUGCUUUAAACUAUCAUCUGGUUUAUCAUACUGUAGUCUUGUCAUUUUGUAAGGACCAAAGUCAGGCAUAUUUAAGCAGGCAUGUGAGAUCUGAUCAUUGAUUUGAGCGAAAACAUUCAACUCCAGGAAAAAUUGUUUGUUUAUUCAGAAGUUGGGACUGAUACUUUAAUAGCUUUUUUUUCUCCCUAUAGAUUUUUCCAUGUGGAACUGAUUUCUGUUAAGGUGUUCAGGAGACAGGGUGAUGUCUUUUUUUUUUUUUAGUGCAGAUAUGUUGUGUUACAGAAUAAUUUGUAUUAGAUUGUUAUGCUGGAGACAUACCAAAUGAAGGGGUUUGGAUGGUCCAGUACCUAUAUAUGUUGUAAUGAGCUGCUUGUUUUGAUAAAUGCUGUUUGAAAUGCAAUAAACAUUUGAGGUUAAGCUGAUGCUUUCUAAUUUAUCUGGAUUAGGAGAUAUGUUUCCCAUUCUUCGCAAAAUGUUUACUGUGCAAUAAUAUUUAGUAUCUGACUAGUUAAGCAAGUACAUCACUUGACGGUGCAGUGUAACAACCCAUGCCGGAGGUUGCUUGAAAUGGAGACUGUGCUGCAGGAGAUGAGGUGAAGCCUUACCCCAUCUGCUUACAACUAUUUAGUGGGAUUUCCUAGGCCUUACUUAAAGGAAAGGAGGGUUAUGUGCAUUUAUGGCAUACUCCAGUAAUCAAAAUCUUUAUUCAGAUUUUUCAUUUGAUUCUUAAAGCAAGAUUAUUAGUUGAAUCAUAUCUCUGUGUGUCCAUUUGCCCAUGCAAAUUAUCAGUUUUUACAUUGUUGAUCUGUUCAAUGUAUAGCAUGGAAAUUAUAAACUUAAAUUUUUAAUUUAAGGUAGUAAUUUCAGUGCAGCAAUAUGUACAUUUGCAGUCUAAAGUUUCUAAGACCAGAAGGCAUUCAGAAAUUUAAAUCUAACUAUGGGUCUUCUGGCUUACAAAAUCACGGCGAUAUCGGAAUAUGACUAAACAUGUCCACUAACUGUACAGUGUGAAAAUAACUGGAUUUGACAUAUAUGUGCAAAUGCAGUAUGUACUCAUGUUUGCCCAAACAUGAGCUGCUGCUAAAGGUUGGUUUCUUGAAUAAUCAUGAAUAGGACUGAGGAUUCAGCUCCCCUAUGGAUCACUGUCAGUAAAACUCAGUCACUGAAUGCACCUUAUGGAAAGCAAGCAAGCAAGCAAACAACCGAAUAAAGCAAAGUUGGUGGAAAUGUCA